CUCGCUCUUUGCUCCUCCUCCUCCUCUCGGAGUCUCUGUCUUCUGAGACUCCUUCCUUUUGCUUCGUCUUCAUCUGGUAGGCUGUAGGGUGAGCUCAGAAUGAAAGAGGAGGAGCAGAGCACCAGUUUUCGGGAGUCCUUUGAUGAUGAUGAAAAGCGAGUGGCCGAAAUUCUGCAACAAUUCUCAGAGCUUGUUAUGGAAUACGAGUACAACACAGGUUUUCUUCCGUUGUGGGGUUCUAAAGCUUUAAGAUCCGUGCUCGUCAACAUCCCCCCUCCUUCUAACAAAUCAUCUCAACUUCCUCUGCCUUCUCUCCCAAUUCUUCCUUGUACAGAGAGUAGACCACUGAGCAAUGGUCUGUCUCCAAUCCCCGAAUCACUCCCUUUUUCCUCCUAUGCUCGCCCUGCUAACAUCCGCCUGCAUCCCAAGAAAAAAUCUCCUAAGAUUACGCUGAUGAAAAAGAGGCAACUCUUGAGGAUCUUGGAGGACGAACUCAUUCAAGAGGCGGCGGCCAUUGUGGAGCCCCAACUAGAGUUGAAUAAUAUUUCAGUGGGUGGGACAACAUCCCAUUUGAUUGAAGAAGAUGUGAAUGGUGAAAAAGAAACACAAGGUGGAUUGUGUAGGGAAAAAGGUUCAUUGUUGGGGUAUAGAAUUGGAAUUGAUAUGAGUAAUGAGAUGAGACCUCUUCCUAAUCAGAACUUGAUUCCAAAUGACACUCUUUUAAUGGGUUGCUUCAUUCAUCCGAUUCAACUCACCAAAGAAGCUAUCUAUGCUGAGGCCAGAAGAAGAAGAAAGCUUGAGAUGCAAAGGGCGAAGAGCUCCAAGCGCCCUCGCACGUGACUAUCAUCCCACCAUUUUUUCCUUUUCUCGUUUGCAAAUAACAUUGAAAAUUGUGGCAUUCUUGUUUUAAUCACAUCUAAGAGUGUUCUUUUCUCUUUUCAAUUGAAUUGAUGGAAGCUUACUCUUCUUAUUUUUGUUCAAA